AUGACCUCCCAUCAAGGAGACCACACAGUUGAAUGGAAUCAUAUCAGGCCACAACUUGACUACAGCUGGUGUGGCAAAGGCAUUGGUGCGGUUGGGAACCUUAAAAUUGUUGAAGUUCAUUCGCAUGGCUAUUAUGUGAAGAUACUGAACAGUUCUCCUGAUAAAGAAGAGGGCAUUGGAGAUUAUACACUCCAGCAGAACUUUGGCGGCCAUCCAAUAGCAAUCUUCAAAUUCCCCCCAAAGAUCAGAAUGAAGGCUAAUUCUUCAGUAAUGGUCUGGGCUGCAGAUUCUAAAAGACCUUCAAAACCUCCAACAGAUUAUCUCUGGAAGGACCUGGACAAGUUUAAACCAGGCCCAGAAUGCACCACUAUCCUUUGCAAUCCUUCUGGGCAGGCUGUCGCCUGGUUUACACCCAUCAAUUGGAACCAAAAGCAAACAAAGGAAGGAGAAGAGGGUGGCAGAAUCUGUAGAAAUUUAAUACAGCCUAUUAUUGGCAUGCGCCGGCAAAAAGACCGAUGGCAACCCAGGAUGUUUGACGUUUGGCAGGGAAAUGUUGGUCAAAAUCUUACAGGGACAAAUGAACCAGAAUUUAUUCUACGGUAUUGCACCUGA